AUGGCCACUGAAGGCACGUCGCGCCUCUUCGUCCAGGACCUGCCGCCGCACUGCGACGAGCAGGCGCUGCGGAAGCACUUUGCUGAAUACGGCGUCACGGACGUCCAGAUCCCGCGGCGCAAGACCGAUAAAAAGAAGUCGCGAGGCUUCGCGUUCGUGGGAUUGAAGGACGCGGACAGCGCCCAGCGCGCGGCCAAGGCCCUGAACGGCGCCUACUGGCGGACGUCGAAAUUGCGAGUGGCGCCGGCGGCGAAGCGCAAGGCGCCCGUACCGACCGAGCCGCCGAAAAAGAAAAAGGCCAAAAAAGUAGUUCCGCCUCCAAAGGAGCGCCUCGCCCCCACGAAGCGCGAGCGCUUCCUCGAGCUGGCCGGGGUCAAGCAAGAGGCGCCCGCGGAGCCCGAGCCGGUAGAGCGGUCCGAGGAGGCCUUUGAUGCUGGUUUGGACGACCUCGCGUACCUGCGGUCGAAGCGGGACGGGGUACGCGGCGGUGUCCUCGUACGCGCGCCGCGUCGUGUCGGUGGCUCGGCCGAGAGCGCCCCGACGACCGCGAGUCAACGGCUCACGCUAUCACCACGCAGGCCGACGAGGCACCGGCCGAAGAGGCGUCGGACGGCGACGACGACGGCAACGCGCGCGUCUUCCUGUCGAACAUCCCGUACGGCGCGUCGGAAGAAAACGUCGAGAGUCUCUGCGAGAGGUACGGCGCCGUCAGUGAAGUCCACCUGCCCAUCGAUGCGAAGUCGAGAAAGCGGAAGGGCUUCGGGUUCGUGACCUACGUCCUCCCGUCUGAUGCCGAUAGAUGUGUAGAGGGUCUGCACGGUUCGGCCUUCGAGGGACGGGUUCUGACGGCUCAGAGAGCGGAGGCGAGGCCGGCGGACCACGCGCCCAUCAGACGGACCUUCGCCGACAAGCGGGCUGAGGAGCGGAAGCAAAAAGCGUCGACCGAAGAUCAAUCGCGCGAAUUUAUAUCAGCUUCAUCGGCAAAGGACGCGGCCGCAGAGCGCGCCGGCGCGUCGAAGGCUCAACUGUUCGACCCUACUCGUAGUGAUGCGGCCGUCGCGUCGACGCUGGCCGAGAGCGCGGCGCAGAACGAAGCCCGAACCUACUUCGCACAAAAAGGCUACGCCCUCGACGCGGCCACACGAUCAAGGACCGCUUUAUUGGUGAAGAACCUGCCCGCGUCGACGUCCGUACAGGAUGUCCGUACUCUAUUCGCGCAGUCUGGCGUCGUGACAGAUGUGUUGCUGGCGCCGUCUCAUACCAGUGCUAUUGUCGAGUUCGAGCAGCCGACCGAAGCGCGAACGGCCCUCAAGAAGCUCGCCUACAGGGCCUUCGACGGCACGCCGCUCUACGUGGGCUGGGCCCCUGCGCGGAAUGAGGAUUCGGACGACGAAGUGCAAACGGGAACUAUUUUCGUCAAAAGCUUGUCGUUCGCCACGUCCACGCAGGACCUGGAGCGGCACUUUGCGUCAGCAGGCAAGGUGAGAUCGGUGGUCUUCCCCGGGUCCGCGGACGAGGGCUUCGCGAACCGCGGGUUUGGAUUCGUCGAAUUUAGUAGUGCGACGGACGCGGCCAAGGCCCUGAGUCUCACGGAUCUGAAUGGCCGCACGCUGGUCAUCGAGGCGAGCCGCGUGUCCAAGAAGGCGGCUUCGUCUUCCAAGAAACAGUCGAAGCUCGUUAUUCGCAACCUCGCCUUUGCGGCGUCGGCCGGCGACGUGCGCGACCUCUUCGGCACCUUCGGGUCCCUCAAGAACGUGCGGGUCCCGAAGCGCUACGACGGGCGGGCGCGCGGGUUUGCCUUUGUGGAGUUUGAGAGGCCUCAAGACGCGGCGAGUGCUAGGCGCGCUUUGGGCGCGGCGCACCUGUACGGGCGGCACCUCGUGAUCGACUGGGCCGAGAACGAGCGGGAGGGCGUAAGCUGAUGUUUG